CACCAGACCAGAACAGGGAGCUUUGUGUGAGCUCAGCCUGGUCCCAAGGAAGCAAUCCCAGCCCUUCCAACCAGCCCCAGGAGAAAGUCCUGCUCUUGCAGACGAGCCCUGUUCACCAGGCAGCUCUGCAGAGUGCCACCCAGCCCUGCCCGCACGCUGUGCCCUGCCCAGAGGUGCGGGGCCCGCUGCGUAGGCCCUGAGCCUGCUGCUGAUGGGGGCCUCUCUGCUUUUCCAGCUCUGCUUCGUCUGUGGCAAUUUCGGGGCCACCAUCACUUGCGCGGAGUCGGGCUGCAACCGCAGCUUCCAUUUCCCCUGCGCCUCGGAGGGCCAGUGUGUCACCCAGCACUUUGGCCAGUACAGGUCCUUCUGCUGGGAGCACCUCCCACACCAGCCAGUGGAGACAGCGCCAACGCAGGACACGACCUGCAUCAUCUGCAUGGAGCCUGUGGGUGACAGCAGGUCGUACAGCACCAUGGUGUGCCCAUCCUGCCAACACGCCUGGUUCCACCGGGCCUGCAUCCAAGGAAUGGCCAAGAGUGCUGGGCUGCGCUGCUUCCAGUGCCCGCUCUGCCGCGACAGGGAGAAGUUUAUUCAAGAAAUGAUCAACCUGGGGAUCCACAUCCCAGUCCGAAAACCAAAGUGGGAGACCAACCGUGCCUACGCAUCCCUGGGAGUUCGGCACCGGCACUGUGAUGCCAGCAACUGCCUUUACCCACAAGGCAGGGAGCAGGCAGAGAGAGAGGGGCCCUGGCAGCUGCUCCUCUGCUGCUCCUGUGCUGCACAAGGGACCCAUCGCUGCUGCUCCAACCUGGGCCAGAGCACCACCACCUGGGAGUGCAACGCCUGUGCUGGAGAGGGCACCGGUAAGAGGCAAACAGCCGCGUGCUGCUGGGCUGGGGCCAGGCGAGGCCUUGCUCCAGUCCCUUUGGCCCAGGAGGGGUGGGAGCCUGUCCCACCCUGGGGCUGGAGAUCUGUCCCGCUCACCUUCCUGUCUCCCCUUACAGCCUCCAGCAGCAAUGUGGACCGUGCUGGCCCCACCACCGCCAGCCAGCAGGGACUGGAGCCAGCCCGAGUCUCUGCGGGACAGGAGAGCAGCAGCUCCGGCACCACCAGCCAGGCACCAUCGGGGCCAGACAGCAGUUCCCGGGUGCCUGAGCUGCUCUCACAACAGCCAGGGCGGGCCCGGACCCGAAGCCGCUCGCCUCACGACCAUCGGGCUGCAGAGACCCGCAGCCAGCCCCAGAGACGCCGCAGGAGUCGCUCCAGGCGGCGAGGGCCAGCCCAGGGGCGAAGCCGCUCCCGGGUACCACGACGGGCCCGUUACUUUAACAGCCGGCCCCAGUGA